AUGGGGCUGCUGGAUAAACUGUCGGGCUGGCUCGGCCUCAGGAAGAAAGAGGUCAACGUUCUGUGUUUGGGGCUGGACAACAGCGGCAAAACCACCAUCAUCAACCAACUCAAGCCAGCUAAUCAUUCGAAUCAUUUAGGCCCAUUGUCAGAAGACUGGAAACAUGCUAGUCAGACACAGGCGCAAGAGAUCGUCCCCACGAUUGGCUUCAACAUCGAGAAGUUCAAGAGUUCAAGCCUGUCGUUCACGGUCUUCGAUAUGUCUGGCCAGAGCAGAUACAGAAACCUGUGGGAGCAUUACUACAAAGAGAGCCACGCCAUCAUCUUUGUCAUCGACAGCGGUGACAAACUGAGGAUGGUUGUUGCGAAAGAGGAGCUGGACACGCUUCUGAACCACGACGAUAUCCGCAGCAAAAAGAUACCAGUGUUGUUCUUCGCUAACAAGAUGGACCUGCGGGACGCCAUGUCUUCUGUGAAGGUCUCGCAGAUGUUGAGUUUGGAGAAGAUCAAGGACAAGCCCUGGCACAUCUGCGCCAGCAACGCUAUCAAAGCAGAGGGUCUACAGGAGGGUUUGGACUGGCUACAAGAACAAAUUGCACAAUCGUAUCAAAACAACGAGCACACGACCGACUGA